AAUAAUAAUUAUAAAUAAUGUGUUUUCAGGUCUAGAACCAUUGCUGAUAGAGUUUGGCGUGGACGUGGUCAUAUGGGCUCAUGAGCACUCUUACGAGAGAUCCUGGCCCUUGUACGAUAAUGUUGUGUACAACGGCACCGAGGGACCUUACAUCAAUCCUGGGGCCCCGGUGCACAUAGUCACAGGAUCUGCCGGCUGCCAGGAGUCCACGGAUCCCUUCAACUACCCCGCCGCCGCGUGGUCCGCCUUCAGGUCCACUGACUACGGCUACACGAGAUUCAAGGCGUACAACCAAACACACAUUUACUUUGAACAGGUGAGCGUCGAUCGAAAAGGGAAAGUCAUUGAUUCUCUGUGGAUCGAGAAACACAAGCACGAAGCCUACAAUCUUUGAUAGCGUUGCGGCUUAAUAAUAAUAAUAGUAAUAGCACAUUAAUAUAAUAAUCAAACCGUUAACGUGAUACAAAUGGUCAAUAAGAGAAUCAUCAAAGUCAUCAGAAUUUGAACCCAAGACAUGUUUAGUUUGCAGACAUUUUGAAGGUGACGAAGAUUACAUUGAAAUAUUUCGACAACAUCAUGAAAGCGCGUUAUAAUAUAAGAUAAUUCAUCGAAUAAUGUUAAGAAUCUUUGAAACAAAAAGUGUACUCAAUCUUUUUUACAAGAAUAACCCUUAUAUUGUUAAAGUUAAUGUGCAAUAUUGCGUGGUGACGGAUAUGGAUGUCAUCUGGGUAAGGCGGGUGGAAUGUGCGCGUUGUGAUGUCCGCGGACUCGGGUAACCACUUACCAACGGUUGAGCCGUGAGCUCGUUCAACCCUCUAUGUAAUAAAAAUCAAUCAUAAUUUUCUUGCGAUUAAAUAAUAUUUUUAUUUUUUUACAAGAUAGUUAAGAUGCUGGUGAAGUACCCGUCAAUAAUGUAACUCGGGUAUUUGAAUAAAGCAGGUUUGAGCCCCGUGAGCUCACCUACUAGUUAUGGCGACGCAGAUAUAGCCUCUCAAGGCUCUCAGCUUAGGUAGGAAAAAAAUUAUGAAUAAAGCACCAGCAAAAUAUUACUUCUGUUAGAGCAGAUAAGUCCCUCAGGCCCUAUGAGCUGCCCUACAACUUCGGUGUAGGGCAGCUCAUAACCCUUCGAGGUUAGAAGCUGUGGGUAGGCAAAAAAAACCGAGAUAAUUUCAAGGAAUAUCUCGUACAUUAUUUAGCAUCACACUACUUUGGAGGACGCGGCGGGUGUGCGUAUGUGAAAAGGCAUUUAGUUUGAUCUUGUCGUUUUAAGUUUUCGUACAAAAAUAUAUUUUGACUAAAUACAAUAAAUAUUAAUAAAAUUUAUAAAUAUA